UAAAAAAUAAAUAAAAAAAAUAACAGGGAAAAAUUGAAGUAAAUAAAAUAUUGGGAAGUUUUGAAAAUUUAUUUGAAAUUUUAAAGAAGGACCAGGAAAAUGAAAACUGAAAAGAUGAUGGCGGCAGAGUUAUCACGGCGGGAUGAACUUAUGAGGAAUGGACUCCAAGAAGUCUCCUACCAACACAGGCUAAUGCAGCGCUCAAAUGACACUCUUGACCUCUGCCAGGGUAAACCUAGAUUUAGAUCUCGACAAAGGCCUCCGAAAAAAUUUCGCCCAAAAACUCCGAAGCAGCCUGAACCAAAAGAGGAUUACAGUGAAAACGAUAUUACUAUUGAAGGAGCAGAAUGGCCCGACACAUCGAAACCGAAGGCACCGGGUCCAUGCGCUGAGAAAGAUGAUCAUGGCCGUGACCGUUCCCGUGACCGUGACCGUGACCAUGACCAUGACCGUGGCGGUGACCAUAAUCGUGGCGGUGACCAUGACCGAGCCGGUGGUCCAUUUCCUCGUGUUCGUGAUGUAUGUGAUCCUUACAUGCUUCCCUAUACUACGGACUAUUUUCCUGCUGGACCCCAUGGCCCCCGUGUUCAGUUAUGUCCAUACGUACCUCUGCAACCAUAUUGGCCUGAACCUAGGCACCGGAGAGAUUGGGAGUAGAAUGAAGCCAUAUUAAGCUUUUCGGGAUUGUGGGUAUUUUCGACAUGGUUUGUAAUAGUUUACGCAUUUUCUUUUUAGUCCUGAUUUUAUUGAUAAAUUUAUGGAAGUGUUUGAUUUAAUAAAGGUUUCGGAUCAAAAGAA